AUGUUGGUCGAGAAAAUAGGUUAUGCGGCGAUUAUAUAUUGGGGCUACAGACUUUCCCGUGAUGUAAUAUACCGAAUAUACAAGAACUUUUUCUCAGUAUCUGUAGUUGAUUUAUGUUCAAUGGGUAAGUGGGCAGUAGUCACAGGAUGUUCUCAUGGAAUUGGAAGAGCGUACGCGGAGGCAUUAGCGAGGAUGGGAUUGAACGUGAUCCUGGUCAGUCCUGAUACGGAGAAUUUAAAGUCUAUCGCGAGUAAUAUCGAGGCGAUGUACAAUGUGAAGACAAAAGUAAUUAAGCUGGAUCUGUCGGAAGGUCUGGAGACGUACAAUGUGAUCGAAAAAGAAAUGUUCGGCUUGGAGAUCGGCGUGUUGAUAAAUAAUCUCGGCAUGUCAUAUCCGCAUCCGGAGUAUUUCCUGGAUCUUCCUCACAAAGAGAAGAUCUACAUGAGUAUCGUUCAUUGUAACAUAGUCGUUGUAACGAAUAUGUGUCGAAUCCUAUUACCACAAAUGGUUGUUAGAGGAAAAGGAGUCAUAGUGAACGUAGCUUCGAUGGUGGCUGUGCUGCCGAGUCCUUUAUUGACAGUGUUCGCUGCAACAAAGGCAUACAUUGUCAAAUUUAGCAGAGACUUACAGAUAGAAUAUGGGAAACAAGGUGUAAUCGUGCAGUGCUUGUUACCAGGCACGGUGACAAAUCAUACGACAGAGUCACCGCGAUCAGGAUGGCUAGUUCCUACACCUGAAAAAUACGUUCAGAGUGCGAUCAGGACUAUAGGCAAAGAAAAUGUGACCACCGGAUUCCUGCAACAUUCUAUUUUGAUUAGAAUAAUCAAAUUUAUUUACCGAAUAUCACCGAGUUCCAUCAUCGUUUGGAUGAUCAAUAUCAUGGAAGGAAAUCGGAAUAACGCGCUUCGACGAUAUGUCGGAUGA